AUGAAGCAGCAGCUCAAGGACACGAUGGAUUCAGACACUGCAGAGGAUUUCCGACACUCCAAGGAUCCUGUCGAUCGCGUGCUGUGGCACAUGCGGUCGGAGGAAUCCCGCACCUUCAAGAAUUGCAUCUCCGCGGCGAAGAAGAUAAAGAUGUAG